UCUUCCUUCACCACUUUCAUUCUCUAUUUCUCUCUCUCUUUCUCUCUGCGAGAAAACGUUUUCCCCUUUUUGAAGAGCCCUUUUUCCCCCCCCCCGAGAGAUAAUGCAGAGGAUUCAAGCUGCGGUUUUCGCCAUCGAAGUUAGUUGAAGCUCAAGCUCCCUGCUGAUCAUAAUUGGUGCCUAAGGUUUGUUAUAUUAACAGUCAGUCUAGGUAUCCAGUUCGAGCUGUAUCUGUAACAUGGGAACUAGUGAAGAGGCGAAGUCUGUGAAGACUGAAAAACCAUCCUCACCAACGCCGGAUCAGAACAAUGUGCCUAAUUCAGCCAGUAUUCAUGUUUUUCCUGAGUGGGCAGCCAUGCAGGCAUAUUAUGGUCCUAGAGUUGCGGUUCCACCAUACUACAACUCUGCUGUGGCUUCAGGUCAUGCUCCUCACCCUUAUAUGUGGGGUCCACCACAGAUGAUUCCUCCAUAUGGUACUCCUUAUGCAGCAAUCUAUUCUCAUGGAGGUGUUUAUGCACAUCCUGCAGUUUCUAUGGGACCACAUUCACACGGCCCUGGUGUUCCCUCUUCACCUGCGGCUGCAACUCCUUUGAGUAUUGAAACACCUUCAAAGGUAUCUGGAAAUAGCAGUCAAGGUUUAAUGAAGAAACUGAAAGGUUUCGAUGGCCUGGCAAUGUCCAUAGGCAAUGUUAGCACUGAGAGUGCUGAAGGGGGAGCUGAACAUGGACAAUCAGAGAGUAUGGAAACUGAAGGUUCCAGUGAUGGAAGUGAUGGAACUACUGCCGGGGCAAAUCAAACCAAAAGAAAACGAAGCCGUGAGGGAACACCUACCGCUGGUAAGGAUGCAAAAAUUGAGCCACAGGCAAGUCCAGUUACUGCUGCUGAGAUGAAUGAAAGCUCUAGCAAGUUAUUGGGCACGACCAAAGCAGCUAAUGCGACUGGAAAACUUGCAUCUGUGAUUUCUCCUGGAAUGUCUACUGCCUUGGAACUGAGGAAUCCUUCCAGCAUAAACGCCAUGACAAGUCCAACUACCGUUCCGCCCUGUUCAGUAUUGCCUUCUGAAGUCUGGCUCCAGAAUGAAAAAGAACUAAAACGGGAGAGGAGAAAACAGUCAAAUAGAGAAUCCGCUAGGAGGUCAAGGUUGAGGAAGCAGGCUGAGACGGAAGAACUAGCUCGUAAAGUUGAUUCACUGACUGCAGAGAAUGUUGCUAUUCGAUCUGAAAUAAGUAGAUUGUCGGAGAAUUCCGAGAAACUUAAGAAAGAAAACUCCACAUUGAUGGAAAAGCUUAAAAGCGUUCAAUCAGGACGAACAGAAGCAUUAGACAUGAAUGAAAAGAGGAUGCAACAACCUAUAAGCACAGAAAUCAAAGGACCUGUGAAUAAAAGCAUUAACGAAGAGAGUAUCAUCUGCAAGAAAAACUCGAGUUCGGGUGCAAAACUGCGCCAGCUCUUGGACACGAGUCCGAGGGCCGAUGCAGUUGCUGCUAGCUAAAAGAACCAGUUUCAUUGCAGUUUGUUUUUUCUGUGGUUUUGGCAUAUUACAAGCCCAAAAUUACUGCUAACAAAAAUUACAAAGAAUGAGAAAACAACUGAAUAGGAUUAUGUCUGUGAGAAAGGGCAGGCUCUAAUUUUAAUGGUUAGUUACUUGAAUAGUUGUAUUAUUAUGUGUAACUAUAAAGAACAUUGGGGUUGGCAACUGUUACAAUUUGAUGUAAUCGUUGGAGAUUAGAGAUUUUUAGCUUUAGAUCUCUAUGAGCACCUCGUGCCAGAUGAUAAAUCAUCAAUUUCCGGGUUGAAAGUUGAACCCUUUUAUGUAUUGUCAAUGAAAAUUGAACCAUUAACUUGUGAUUAAAUUGUAAUCGGUGAUCUACUUUUGAUUA